AGAUUUAAGAAUGUUUAGAGCUGUUGAUGAAUAUCAUUGGCAUAGACUUGCCGAACAUGAGGCAUCAGAAAAUCAGAAAAGAGAACAUCAACAUGGGCGAGGUGUAUGCACGGUAUUCCUUUUGGAUACAUCAGCCAGCAUGGCAGGGGAAGGAUUCCAUCAAAUGAAGAGGGCUUUUAUGGACAUUUCAAACGAAUUUAUUGUUCAUCCCCACCUCGACGAAAAUGUUGCUGUCAUUAUGUUUGGUGAAGAUGUCAAAUUCUUACAUUAUUAUUCAAACAACUAUGGGUCCAUAAGAAAUUGUCUUGGUCACAUAGAAUGUAGAGGAAGCUCACCUCUGGAAGCAGGCAUCCUUCUUUCUUUGUCCUGCUUACGAUACGGCGGAGGUCACAAUGCAGUUUUUAAUCCUCAUAUAAAAGUAAGAGCAAGAUUAGUUAUAAUAUCGGAUGGUCGGCCAACUACAUCCGGUGACAUAGGAGGUCCUGAAUUGGACAAUGCCAGCAAAGAAUCAAUAUUUGACGGCGGUUUCUUAAAGUCGUUGGUGGAAUUAUCUACAGCAGGCAGACUGAUUUUCUAUGAAAAUGCAAAACAGUGUGGAAGAUUUGCUCUUAACAUGAGAAUUGCAUGUUGCAUCGUAGAAAGAAAGAUGUCAUCUAAUUUAACACGGGAUGAAAUAAAAACAAUCGCCAAAAUGUCCUCUUUACAUGAUGUGUCUGGCAAAGAUCUGGAGGAUGUCUGCGAUAUCAUAAAUGAAAUUGAUGCAUACAAACCAAUAACUGCUGAAGACCUAGAGGAAGAUGUCUUCACAGAGCGAUAUGAAAAUCUUCCUGGCAUUGGUACAAGAGUAAAACGUGGACCUCAUUGGACCUGGAAAAACCAAGACAGUCACGGUCCUGGAACAGUGAUCGGACACUCUGAAAGAGUUGGGUGGGUUAACGUGGAAUGGGAUAGUGGUGUUACAUUGAGCUAUCAAUAUGGGUUUGAUGGCUUCAUUGAAAAAUAUGAUAUCACUCCAUGCAAAGAACCAAGGAUUCUAGAGAAUGAAAUGAUUGCAGUUGGUUGCUUAGUAACCAGAGGUCCCGAUUGGAAAUGGGGAGAUCAGGAUGGUGGAGAAGGGAAUGUUGGAACAGUGUAUAGAGUCAGAAAAGAGGCUGUUAUUCUUGUAAAGUGGCCAAAUGGUAAUCGUAGUAACUAUAGAUACGGGUACGACAACAAAUAUGACGUUACCGUGUGUGAUCCAUUUGAUCCUCUUGUCCUUCGAUCCUUGAAUUUUCAACACAGAUCGAACGACUCCGGGAAUCCCGAAAAGGAGGAGCAGAAAAAAUGAAGAAAAAAAAAACCUCA